GGGAACAAAAAACCACGUCCUCUUCAACUCCAUCUUCAUUUACUUCCGUAUCUGUACACCUUCCUCGAAUUCCAUCUCACGAGUUCAAUCAAUUCAGUUCUUCUAAUUCUUCAAUCAUGUCUGUCCCAGCUUUCACCGAUAUCGCCAAGGCGUCCAACGAUUUGCUCAACAAAGAUUUCUACCACCUCACUGCCGCCGCUCUUGAGGUUAAGUCGAAUACUCCAAACAAUGUCGCAUUCAAAGUGACUGGAAAGAGCACCCACGACAAUGCCACAAGUGGUCUGUUAGAGGCCAAGUUCACAGACAAGCCAACUGGCUUGACUCUUACCCAAACAUGGAACACCCUCAACGCUCUUGACACCAAGAUUGAGAUCAACGACAGCAUUGCCAAGGGCCUCAAGGCUGAGAUUCUCGGUUCUUUCGCUCCUACCACCCAAAAGAAGGGCGCAAAGGUCAACCUCCACUUCAAGCAACCAAACUUCCACGGACGCGCAUUCUUCGAUCUCCUCAAGGGCCCAACUGCUACCGUUGACGCUGUUAUCGGACAAGAUGGUUUCUUGGCUGGUGCCACCGCUGGUUAUGAUGUCCAAAAGGCAGCUAUCACCAGCUACUCCGCCGCUGUUGGAUACACUGCCCCCACUUACAGUGCUGCCAUCACUGCUGCUGACAACUUGAGCGUCUUCUCCGCUUCAUACUACCACAAGGUCAACACUCAAGUCGAGGCUGGUGCCAAGGCUACCUGGGACUCCAAGAACACCAACUCUGUUGGUCUCGAGGUUGCUAGCAAGUACAGACUUGACCCACUCUCCUUUGCCAAGGUCAAGAUCAACGACCGUGGUGUUGCCGCUGUUGCCUACAACGUUGUUCUCCGACCUGGUGCCACCCUUGGUCUCGGUGCCUCCUUCGAUACCCAAAAGCUCGACCAAGCUACCCACAAGAUCGGCACAAGCUUCACAUUCGAGUCAUAGAGCAGGAUUGUUCGAUAUUCGGGAGUUGGCCGUACGAUAGUAGAAUAGAAGUGUAAUUCUGAUAUCAUUUUCUGUGGCACGCACAGUAUAGCAUUGCAACGGAGUGACUGUUUUUAUUGUA